CAGCGUGAACCACGUGGGUCUCUGCUCCCUGACCUGUUUCCUGUUUGGAAAGAGUUCCAGCUUCAUCACGGAGUUUCUCUCGGUUUGUGGGCUCAUCUAAAGGACCAACGUGGAUCGAGAAGUCAGCGCUCUCAGGAGGCCGACAAUUUUGUUGAAGAAACAAGUGGAAGAAAAAAGUACAACCGUGACGAGUUUGGGAAAGAUUUUACUGUGAAAGCUUCCCUAAAAAUGCAUCAGGUCAUCCACACCGGAGAGAGACCAUUCAGCUGUGGAGACUGUGGAGAGUCUUUUACCAGGUCUGGACACUUAAAAACACACCAACUAAUCCACACUGGAGAGAGACCGUUCAGCUGUGGAGAGUGUGGAAAGUCUUUUACGCAAUCUGGACACUUAAAAACACACCAACUGAUCCACACUGGAGAGAGACCGUUCAGCUGUGGAGACUGUGGAAAGUCUUUUACCAGGUCUGGAAGCUUAAAAACACACCAACUAAUCCACACCAGAGAGAGACCGUUCAGCUGUGACGAGUGUGGAAAGUCUUUUACGCAGUCUGGACACUUAAAAACACACCAACUGAUCCACAGUGGAGAGAGACCGUUCAGCUGUGGAGACUGUGGAAAGUCUUUUACCGAGUCUGAAAGCUUAAAAACACACAAACUCAUCCACAGUGGAGAGAGACCUUUGAGCUGUGACGAGUGUGGAAAGUCUUUUAUCCACUCUGGAAGCUUAAAAAGACACCAACUCAUCCACAGUGGAGAGAGACCAUUCAGCUGUGAUGAAUGUGGAAAGUCUUUUACCAGGUCUGGAAGCUUAAAAACACACCAACUAAUCCACACUGGAGAGAGACCGUUCAGCUGUGACGAGUGUGGAAAGUCAUUUAUGCGCAUUUCACACUUAAAAUCACAUCAACUCAUCCACAGUAGAGUUAAAGCGUACACCUGUGAUCAGUGUGGCAGAGCUUUUACUCACAGUAACAACUUACAGAGUCAUCUAGUUACCCACUCUGGAAUUAAGGCGUACAGCUGUGACAUUUGUGGAAAAACUUUCAGCCAGAUAGGGAGCCGAAAUACACACCUACGCAUUCACACCAGACAUGAUGUGUACAGCUGUGAUCAGUGUGGUAAACAGUUUACUACAAACACAGAGUUACGACAUCACAUGUUUACCCACACUGAGGAACGACCUUAUAAAUGUGACCUGUGUGACAAGACUUUUAAAUCUCCACGUUACCUGAGACAACACCAACAGAUCCACACCAGAAAGACUCUACAAGUGCAGUUACUGUGAGGUAUGUAUUUAUAUUUUUAUCUUGUCAGCCCGACUGUUUGAAACAACUCUGCUCAUCAAAGUGUGUUAGCAUGUUAGCAAUUCUACUGCAUGGAAAGGCAGCUCUGAAUGAUUAUUCAGACUCUAAUC